UGAAACCCCUCCCAUCCAUGCCCGCCUACGGUAUCCUUCGGCCGAUGCCUUCGCUCUCUAUAAGAUGCCUACAAUGCUGAAACUGUUUCCUUGGUUCUCUUAGGCGGGUCAUGUCUCCGAUUGCACCUUCUCCUCGUCAUUGGAAAGAGAACCGCAGCAUCGCCGCGGAGUUCGAGGGAGCUCUUCUCAUCUCCAGCAGCCUCUUCCCGUACUUCAUGCUGGUGUCCCUGGAAGCCGGCGGUCCCGUCCGGGCCCUCGCGUUGCUCCUCCUCGCCCCCCUCGUGCGGCUCUUGGAGCUCGCCGGCCUCGAGUGCGUCGCUCUUCGCGUGAUGAUCUUCGUCGCCACAGCGGGCCUCAGGGUGGUCAAUCUCCAGGCGGCCGCGAAGGCCACCCUCCCCAAGUUCUACCUGGAGAACCUCCGGCGCAGCGCGUACCGUGUCUUCGCCGGCUGCGGUGGCAAACGGUACGUGAUCACCUCGUGCCCGAGGAUCAUGGCGGAGCCGUUCUCCAGGGAGUACCUGGACGUCGACGGCGUGCUCGGCACGGAGCUGAGGGCGUUCCAGGGGUUCUUCCUGGGCUUGACGUCCCCGGGCGGCUUCAUGUCUGGCUCCCGGCGGCUCGAAGCUCUCCACGCGGCCAUGGCAGGUGCCGAGGUGAUCGACGUUGGACUGUGCGGGAAGGACAGAGAUCAGCCCUUCAUGUCCUUGUGCGCGGAACGAUACUGCAUCACACCACAGGACGCAGCCCAACCCGUGCCAAGAAGCGAGUACCCGAAGCCGUUGAUCUUCCACGACGGUCGUCUGGUGGCGCUACCUACGCCGUUGGAUUCUCUCAUCGUUCUCCUGUGGAUACCUUUCGGAGUCGUAUUGGUCACGUUAAGGAUCCUCGUGGGCCUUUCCUCCCCCUACAAGCUGUGCCUCCUGUGCACCGCCGCCACCGGCGUUCGCAUCAGGGCCCAAUUCCACGAGCCCCGAUCCGACGCCGCCACACGCAGCAGGAGCCACACAUUGUUCGUCUGCAACCAUCGGACGCUCGUCGACCCCGUGAUCAUAUCAACCGCCCUCCGGCGGAAGGUAACAGCCGUCACGUACAGCGUCAGUAGACUGUCGGAGCUGAUCUCGCCGAUCCCGACCAUCCGACUGAGUCGGGACCGCUUCGAGGACGGUGCGAGGAUGCGGUCGUCGCUGGGCCACGGCGACCUGGUGGUGUGCCCGGAGGGCACCACCUGCCGGGAGCCGUACCUGCUCCGGUUCAGCCCGUUGUUUGCGGAGAUCGCCGAGGACAUCGUGCCGGUCGCCGUCACCAACGAUGGGAGCAUGUUCUACGGCACCACCGUGCGGGGGCACAAGUGCUUGGAUUCCUUCUUCUUCCUCAUGAAUCCCCGCCCUUCCUACGGGUUGGAUUUCUUGGCGAAGGUACCGGGCGGGCAGAAAUCCAAGUACGAUGUGGCCAAUCACAUCCAGCAGGCGAUCGGGCGAACGAUUGGGUUCGAGUGCACCAACUUGACGCGCAAGGACAAGUACAGAAUGCUCGCCGGCCAUGAUGGCUUGGACCCAAGGAAAUGAUUGGGCUAAUGAUACAAGCUCGUACAAACCAAGUGAAUGGAUGUCACACCGUCUUGUCUCUCUCAGUUGUGUAGUGA